AUGGAAAAUGGAACCUAUUUUAACUUCAUGUUGUUUGAAAAUCUUGGAAACAUAAAAUAUACUCUCUUUGGUUUGGGAUUUAUUCUAUACUGUGUCAUCAUAUUGUUGAAUGCCCUUAUUAUUCUUGCAAUAUUUCUGGAAAGGACAUUGCACCAGCCCAUGUACAUUCUGAUUUCAUGUUUGUCUAUGAACUCUGUGUAUGGUACAGCUGGAUUUUUCCCAAGGGUACUGACAGAAUUGCUUUCUGAUACACACACAAUCUCCCGUGAAGCAUGCCUCUUACAGGCUUUUGUCAUUUACACGUAUGCAGCAAAUGAGACUACAAUAUUAAUGUUAAUGGCAUUUGACAGAUUUGUCGCAAUCAGUAACCCUUUACAAUACCACAACAUAAUAACUCCCAGGGUUCUAACUUUGUUAAUAGUUAUAAACUGGAUUUAUUCAGUGAUUUCUGUUGGUACUGGUGCUCUUUUAACUGCCAGACUGACAAUGUGUGGUAACAAAUUGUGGAAGGUGUACUGCCAUAAUUAUGAAGUUGUCAAGCUCUCAUGUGUGAGCACUAUUUCUGUUAAUGUUUCAGGUUUUCUUACACUAAUCACAACUAUUAUCAUCCCUGUGAUUUUUAUAUUAUUUUCUUAUGUUAAAAUUCUUAUAAUUUGUAAAAGAAGCUCAGCACAGUUCAAGAGCAAAGCUUAUCAAACUUGUGUUCCACACAUAGUGGUCCUUUUAAAUUUUUCAUUUGCCAUUAUUUCUGAGGUCACUUUGAGUCGGAUUGUUAACUUGGAACUUCCAAUAGGGUUGACGAUUGUCCUUUCACUUGAGUUUAUUAUUGUCCCACCCAUCCUUAAUCCACUUGUUUAUGCACUAAACUUUACUGGUAUUCGCCAAAAAAUAAUUCACCUCAUCUUAUCCAAAUAG